GCUCACGGCCCGGAAGGGGCGGAGACUGGAGCCCGCGUGCGCAAUGGGUCGGGCCGCGGGCGAUGCUGCUGCGGAGCGUAGCCGCGGGCGGCCGGGCGGCGGCCUCAGCUUCCCUGUGCUCGGCCCGCUCCCUGUCUGCGAGGAGGGCUGUUUUGCUUCUGGGCCGAGCCCCGGCAUUGGGCCAGCGGGUUCUGGCUCGUCCACCCGUCCGGCCAUAUCUAGGAGCGCCUGCUGCAUGCGCGCCCUUUGGGGAGGCCGCAGUGAACCGGGAGCUCGUGCUCCCCCGGAGCUGGAGACGGGAGUUCGGGCUGAGAGGGGGCCAGGCCGACUCGCCAGCUGGGAGUGGUGCCGCGGGCUUCCUGGAGGCGGCAGCCCUCUGCACAGGUACCGUGCCUGGAUCCUGGUCUGGGAAGGCCGCAGAGGGUUGGGGAAGGACCAUGGGGAGGAGGGCUCCCAAGCAGGUGCCGACGGCACCAGGCAUCCGAAGUCCUCCCUGCCUGGCGGGAGCACCUGUGAGACCCCGUACCCCCCGCCACCUGAGCUGCAGCCCCCCACAAACUGCUGCAUGAGCGGCUGCCCCAACUGCGUGUGGGUGGACUACGCCGACGCACUGCUGCAGCACUACCAGGACGGCGGGGAGCGGGCCCUGGCCGCCCUGCAGGAGCACGUGACCGACGAGAACCUCAAGGCCUUCCUCAGGAUGGAGAUCCAGCUCCGCAUGAGGAGCAGAGGCUGAGCGGGCCCGGCCCACAUGCUCACCCGCGGGGAGCCCGGAGCUCCUGCCCAGCAGCACACGACCCUCUGUCCCGGGCGCUUCAUGAGGCUUGGUCGGGUGGGAAUCGACUUCACCUGAAAAUAAACAAACUCUCUGCUGCGGA